AUGAUAAACAUUUAUACUUACAUAGGAAUAACAGUGUUUUUUUAUGUAUACGAAACAAUUGUGAAUUACGCUUUAAGACCUACAAUAGUUACAGGUUACAUUCUAAAAAGUCAUUAUACACGUAAACACUGUUUUUCACAAGCUACUUUCAAUCACCACCUAACUGAUGACAAUGUGAACAAUCAUUUAGGUGAUAUAAAUACUUGCAAUGAUGAACCUGUAGUGAAUGACGUUGUAUCAGCUAGCGUUGGGGAUGAAAUAAAUGAAAUUGUAAAUAUUAAAGAUCUAACUGAAAAAGCAGUGUCAUCCCUAUACCUUAAUUUGCAAGCAAAGCACUUUCUUACUGAUAAGGCACUACAAACUUUAAUCAGCAGUUUUUUAGAUUUAAGCAAUAUUCAUUCAAAUUUUAUUGUUAAAAAGCUCGAAAGCUCUGGAGUUGCGUCAGCUGUGGUUGAUGAUGUGAAAAAGGCAUUCUUGUUUGAUAAUCUCCAUAAUAGAGAGAAUGGAAUGUUGAGAACGAAAUAUUGUAGAAAUAAUUAUUAUAAGAAAAAUUUCGAUUAUGUUGAACCUAAGAAAGUUUCAGUUGGAUUUAUAGGAUCAAAAGAGCACUUUUUUUAUUAUGUGCCAAUUAUAGAAACAUUAAAAUGCAUGUUAAAAAAUAGUAAUGUGUUCGCUAGAUGUGUUGCAAGUGAAGCUGUGAAUCACCAAAACGAUAAUUGUUUUUCUGAUAUAACUGAUGGAAGCUGUUUUAAGACGUCGACAUUUUUUAAUGCACCUAAUAGGCUUAGACUCAUUCUCUACCAGGAUGCUUUCGAACCCUGCAAUCCAUUAGGUUCUGCAAAAACUAAAUACAAAAUUGUAGGAAUUUAUAUGCUACUUGCAAAUUUGCAUCCUUGGCAUAGGUCUCAGGUUGAACACAUUCAGUUAGUGUCUUUGUCUCAUGAAAAAGACAUUAAAUUAUUUUCAUUUUCCAAAAUCCUAGAACCUCUUAUAGAUGAAUUAAAACUUCUCGAAACUGCUGGUUUUGAAUUUCAAGGAAUUCAUUUUAGAGGUUUUCUAAUUGCUGUUGUAGGUGAUAAUCUUGGUAGCCAUCAAAUAGGAGGUUUUGUCGAAAGCUUUAGCACUGAAACACGCUUUUGUCGCUACUGUGAUAUAUCUAAAUUUCCUGACAGAAAAAACAAUAAUUGUUUAUUUGGAAAGCUAAGAACUAAAGAAAACUAUGAAUGUGAUGCAAACAUGGCAAGCUUUAAUGGCAUCAGUAAUGGAGUCAAAACAAAUUCAGUUUUAAACGAACUCCAAUAUUUUCAUGUAUGCUUACCAGGAUUGCCACCAUGCUUAGCUCAUGAUUUACUGGAGGGUGUAGUAGCAAUCGAUACUAUGGUAUAUUUAAACUAUUUAGUUAAACAAAAAAAAAUUACCUAUAGUGAAAUAAACAAAGAAUUAGACGACUUGAAUUUUGAAUUCAAACCAAGGCAAAGCUUUCCUCCGAUCAAGAAGUCGGACAAGUUAGGUGGAAAUGCUUCACAAAAUCUUUAUGUUCUGAAUUGUUUGCCAUUUGCUAUGUAUACUAAAGCUAACAUUUCAAGAUUUGAAAAGGCCUGGGUCUUACUUCAUAAAAUGAGAACAAUAGUUAAUAUAGUUUUGUCUUUUAAUCUGACUGUAGAACACAUAGCUUUUUUAAAGUCACUAAUUUUUGAAUAUAUUUCUGAAAGAUCUGUGUCUUUUCCCGAUGAUAAAUUGAAGCCUAAGCAUCACUUUUUAUGUCACUAUCCAUAUUUAAUCAAAUGUUUCGGACCCUUGCGGCACUUGUGGACACUUAGAUUCGAGUCUAAACAUAGGUAUUUCAAAAAUAUUAUAAAACAUUCACAAAAUUUCAUAAAUAUUUUAAAGACAAUGGCAGAAAAACAUCAAUAUAUGCAAGCGCUAAACUAUGGUUCAAACACAGAUUUGCUAUACAGCAAUUCAGCUUAUUGUGAUAAAGAUGUUGAGGUUUAUAAUGAAAAAGAUUAUCCUCAGUAUUUAGUGGAACACCUAAGAGAAAAAUAUAACCCUGCAGGGGACCCCAAUGAUCCACACUAUGGCAUGGAUUCUACCGACUCCUACAAUAGAAAUAGGGACCAAUAUGGUCAAGAUGCCUACAAUAAGGACAGAGAUAGAAGCAAUCAGUUUGGUCCUGAUCCCUAUGACAACAACCAAAAUGGUGCCUACGAUUACACUCCCUAUAGAAACCCAUUAGUUUAUGGCGGUGAAAAGAUCGAGCAUGCUGCCAUCAUCAAAGAAGCCAUUUACUUUGUGGUAGCCUCAAAAAUGGUCAGACCAGGUCAAUUAUACAGAGUCUCUGUAACAGUUUUGAAAGAAAAACAACCUCUCAUAGUUAGAGCGUCGAUAUCGCGCAAUGGCGUUGAAAUGUCAACGGAUCAUAAGGACGUUAAAGAGGGUAUUCCUGAAACACUUUUGAUGCAAGUGCCUACUACUAGUGCCUCUGGAGAAUACAAACUUCGUGUAGAAGGAUUGUAUGAAGAUAUUUUAGAGGGCGUAGCGUUUUCUAACGAGACAAAAUUGACGUUUUCUCAAAGAUCCAUGACGAUUUUUAUACAGUUGGACAAGCCUGUGUAUAAUAUGCAAGGAGAAACGGUUCGUUUUAGAACUAUCCCUAUUAACACUGAACUGAAAGCUUUCAAUGAUGCCAUAGAUGUUUAUAUGUUGGAUCCUAAUGGCCGAAUUUUGAAAAGGUGGCUCUCGCGACAGUCGAAUCUCGGCACUGUUAGCUUGGAUUACCAGCUCUCCGAUCAACCAGCUUUUGGAGAAUGGAAAAUCAGAGCAAUCGCUCAAGAAUCAAGAAGCGAAGAAUCCACUUUCAUGAUUGAAGAAUAUUACCAAACUAGAUUUGAAGUGAACGUUACCAUGCCAGCAUUUUUCCUAAACACUGAACUUUUUAUUACUGGUAUAGUAAUGGCGAAUUACACUAGUGGCGCUCCAGUACGUGGAAACUUAACUCUCAAAGCUUCGGUUAGACAUAUUAAGCCUAUUGAUGUUAAUAGAAUGCUGAAAAAGAACAGACCGAGACCUAUUGAGAGCAAUUUGUACAAUCCGUAUGGGCCAAAUGAUUUUUGGAAACAAGACGAUUAUCAUAGGAGGUUUGGUGAAGAUCCUUAUAAUAGGUAA